UUUAUCACGUAACUCGUUGACGGAGAGCCCGAGAGAAGAGAGAGACGUAGAGAGAUCGGAGUUAAAGCAGGGAAGGAGUCUUGGCAGCAUUCACAGACGAGGAAGAGAAGAAGAAGAAGAAGAAGAUGGAGCAACAGCUCGCAUCCUUCGCGAGGCAAUGUGCGAACACAGAAUUAGACGCUGACUAUAUUCGUAAUGUUACUUCGCCCAAUUUCUUUCGUAAUUUCUGGGUUAGAAAUAUGGCACUGGAACGAGGAAUCUAUAAUCAAAUAAUAGAUACGACUGUGGAGAUGGCGAACAGAGUUGGUGUUGCUGAUAUAGUAAGGAGAUUAGUUGAGAAUCUUAAAGAUGAGAGUGAACCAUAUAGACGGAUGGUGAUGGAAACAAUUGCGAAGGUUCUUACGAACUUGGGUGCUACUGAUAUUAAUGGCCUCUUGGAAGAGGAGCUUGUGGAUGGAAUCUUGUAUGCUUUUCAAGAACAGACCAGUGAUGAUGAAGUUACUGUGAUUUUCCAUGGGUUUGGCGCAGUGAUCAAUGCUCUUGGGAUGAAAGUGAAACCCUAUCUUCCCGUGAUAAUUGUUUCCAUAAAGUGGCGCAAGUUUAAUGGGAGUGAGAAUGUGAAGCAGCAAGCAACAGAUCUCGUAUCAAGGAUCGAGGUUGUUGUAAGGCAGUGUCAAGGGGAGCAUCUGUUAGAGGGACUAUGAAUUAUCUACAGGGUCUGUUCCAGCCAGUGAGGAAGAUCAGGGAGGUGAAUCGGAAGAGGACUGAGUUUAUGGUAAGUGCUCAUUGUCUUUUCAACCGAUGGAGGAGCCUAUACUGUAGACACUAUUGAGUAUUCAAUAUACCUAGAUGGCUAGAUGGCUAAUUUUUAUUUUUAUUUUUUUUUCUUUCUUUGGUAUAAUACCUAGAUGGCUAGAUUGAUAUAUUGCUUUUGCAACAUUUACCUUUUUCUCUUUUUCUAGUUUUUUUUUUGGAGGGAAUUAGUAAAAGUACUCUUGCUUUUAUGCUACAAUCCUUCGUUUACCUUUUUUAUUUUUCAUUUUUUUUUUCUUGGAAAUUAAUACAAGUACUCUUGCUUUUAUGAUACGUUCCUUUUUUUAA